AUGGUGGUUGAGCCCGCGUGGCCACCCAAAUCGCCUCGCGCAGCCCUCCUGAGUUCGCCGGCUGGGCGACGGAAGUUUCAAGAUACCCAACGGCCCCGAGAGAACCUGUCAUCACCCUUGAAGCGGUCAAGCACUACGCCGAAUUUCCGAUCCAAAGCCAACCAAUUGUUAGACGAAGACGAUAUGGAAGAAGACGAUGAGGAGACAUUGCAACUGCAACUAGCUGAGAUCAAAGCGCGACUCAGACUGAAGAAACUCCAGCAAAAGAAUCGUGGCCGCUCGAGCUCCAAUCUUGAGGAAGAGGAUGCGCGGCCCUCCUCCGCGAUCAGCCCCUCCCGAACGGAACGGGUGGAAGAUGGCAACCCCACGCAAAGAAGUCCCAGGAAGGUCAUACAACGGGCCGGUAGUGAUGAUAUUCAAGUUCCAGCAUCCCCUACUAGGCGCGAAGUCCCUGCCAACGAUCCAAUCUCGCCCCGCAGGUAUGUGAUGGGGAUCGAUAAGGGUUGGAAAGCCAACGAUGUGUCAUUGAAGCGGGCUCCGAGCUCGAGGACCGACCCUCGGCCAAGCAGUCAGUUGGGCUUCCGGGACGGCGCUACACCUCGCGCCAACGAGAUGUUUUCGGCGCGGCCCCAGACCUCCCCUGGAAUGGGAGGGCCCAAUCGAAUCAAGAGCUUUAGUGAGAGAAUGGCCGAAGGACGAGCGGCGGAAAAGGCCGAGAAGACACGGCUAGAGAGAGCCGAACAGGUCCAGGCCAACCGCAGUUCAGCGUUCCAGGUUGACAAAUCAGAGCUGGAGACCUUCAAAGCCGCUGCAGCUGAUCAUCAGUACGUCCCUCCAUCGGCUUCAAAAUGGGAGCGGCAGACAGAGAGCUUCAGCCGCGAGGAUGUCCUUCGAUCCAUGGGCCAAUCUCGACCAACGGGGCUACAUCGCAGCAACACGACCCCCAACCUCCGACGGACUGAAGGGAACAAGCAUACCGAGAGGCAACCUCAUUUGCAUCGGCGGACUAAUACCGCAGAUGAGCAACCAGGGUCCACUCAAAAAUCAAGUCAGUCAGAUGAUGCUUUGAAAGCACCAGACUCGUCAAAGUUUGAGUCCUACUCGUCACUACAUUUAUCAAAUCGGGUUCUGCCUCAUUCGUUCUUGAGCCGCACAUUAUCAGACAAAAAGGUCCUACGGAUCCCAGACCUACUUAAAACUGUCAAGGCGCCUGCCUUCGAGUUGCCAGAGGAGAUUGAUGGGGAUUAUGUCGUUUUUGGGAUUGUCGCAUCCAAGUCUCAGCCCAAAGAUGUCAAAGGCGCGAACAAUGCUUCUGCGAAAGCAACGGACCCCUAUGAUGAUGGUCUGAAUAACAGCGGCAAAUACAUGGCCAUCACUCUAACCGAUCUGAAAUGGACCAUCGAUCUCUUCCUCUUCGACACAGCCUUCCCACGCUAUUACAAAGUCUCGGAGGGCACGCUUAUUGCGAUCUUGAACCCUACAAUUAUGCCUCCCCCAAAGCACAAACUAGACACAAAUCGAUUCAGUUUAUCACUGUCGUCAUCAGAUGACAAGGUGCUGGAAAUUGGCUACGCUCGCGAUAUUGGCUUCUGCAAGGCCGUGAGAAAAGACGGAAAGACUUGUCAAUCGUGGGUAGAUGGCCGAAAGACCGAGUUCUGUGACUUCCACAUCGACAUUCAGGUCCGCAAGACCCAAGGCCAACGCGCAGGAAUCAAUUCUGACUGCGGAAUGGGAGUAAGGCGGCAGAGCGCCUUCAAGAAUGGCUCGAAGAAACCUGGACCACAGUAUGACUUCGCGACUCAAUCCCACUAUUACGUGACACCUUCCCGGAAUCGUGGCACUGGCCGUACAUCAUACAACCCUGUUGCGGGAUCCGCUGCAAAGCUGGACGGAUAUGACGACCCCUUUGUCUCCUUAGGUACGGGUGGUCGCGUUGAAAGCAAGGAUGAGAAAAUGCGCCGACGACUCGUGACCCAGCAAAAAGAGCGCGACAUCACCCAGAGGCUAGUUGCCGGACGAGUAGGUGGCGUUGGUGCCGAAUAUCUCCGUACCAGGGCCGGCAAUGAGACUCCCAACAAGCCCAAUACGCCAUCCACUCCUAAUGUGCCCCGAAGUCCGCCUGAUACCAACGGUAUGGACAUGAGCACUUUUGGCAAAGCCAAGAACGUGCGUUUGAGUCCUAUGAAACGGGCUCAUGGCAAACCUCAUGGUAGUGGGGUUAAGAAGACUCGGUUCAUUACUUCCAGGGGCAUUAAGGAAGCUGGCCGGGAGAGCCUGGGUGCACCGGCUGAGACUACACCUAGUGGAAGGCGAAUGAUCAUGGAUGACGAUGAUGACGACGACGAGCUGGAGUUCGUUUGA